GGCCUCUCCCCGUCAUUUUCUUGGAGUUGUAGUCCUGCCGGCCGGCCUCACGAGGGUCGAUCAGCAAGCAAGCUAAUAGCCAGGGGCCAGUGGGAACAGACAGGAGCAUAAAUCCAUCCCCUUCUUCUUGCAGAGUUGCAGUUGCAGGCCGGCAGCCGUUCGAGACACUGCUUCAGAUACCGCCGGGCCUGAUCGAUCUCUCUCUCUCUCUCUCUCUCUGGCUCGCUCGCUCGCUCGUCUCGGCGCUGGGAACGCCAUGGCUCAGCAGAAGAACGCGCACGUCCCCAAGUUCGGCAACUGGGACAACGAUGGCAACGUGCCGUACACGCUCUUCUUCGAGAACGCGCGCAAGGGCAAGGGCGCCGGCGGCAAGAUGAUCAACCCCAACGACCCCACCGAGAACCCGGAAGCCUUCUCCAUCGCCGCGCCGUCGCCGAACCGCUCCGAUGCCGGGAGGUCGUCGCCGGCUCCUCCGCCGCCCCCGCGGCACGAGCGCCGCCCCAGCGACGCGCCGCCGCGGUCGCCCAACCCCUACGCCGGGUCACCGUACCACCGCCACGCCGGCGGCGAGCCGCCGAGGAGAGGCGGCGGAUACAGCGUCGAGCAGUCGCCGGUGCACCCGUACAGCUCCGAGAGCGGCGGCUACGGCCUCGUCGCCAACUCCGUCGAGCGGUCCCGGGCCAAGGGCGCGCGCGGCAAUGAGACGCCGACGAGGGGCUCGGCGGUGCCCAAGUUCGGCGACUGGGACUCGAACCCGGCGUCGGCGGACGGCUACACGCACAUCUUCAACAAGGUGAGGGAGGAGAAGCAGACCCAGGCCGGGAAGCCGGGGGCGUUCGACAAGGACGCCGCGCGUGGCAACGGCGCCAAGCAGCACGACGACGGCUACGUCUCAUCGAAGUUCUCAUGCUUUGGAUGGUGCAAAUAGAGAUGUGCUGAUGGAUGGUGAUGGAUACAAAUGUUGGUUCCUUUGGGGACUCCAAAUUUGGAGAAAGGGGAGGUUAUGAUUCAGCCUAGACUUCAUUCCAUUUCUGGGCCAUUAAACAGUCUCCACAAUCCUUUUUGUUAUAGCUUCACUUUUUUGAAGUGAUAUAUAGAGCUGUUCAUGGUUACUGUUAUGCUAGAGUAAGCAUUGCAUUGUUGUGUUGGUUCUUCAGUUUUGAAUUUGCAGCAUGUGUACCACAGGUUUGAACUCACUCUGAAGUGAAUGUACGAUAUUGGUGUGCGGGUUUGUUCUUGGCACGCUCAAAAGCUA